AUGGCGUCCUUAUCACCAUCUCAAUCUGAAUCAGACAAUUAUGAUAUUCAUCCUCUAGUCGCUCUUAAAAGACGAAUAGCUGCACUUGAGGAAGAAAAUGCAGACCUCCGAGUCCAUCGGCUCACUGUGAAGAAAUGUGAAUCAAAUGUAUAUUAUGGUCGAUCCAUUCGAAGGCUCGUGUGCCUAACCGAGCGCGUUGAGGAUCUAGUAGCAGAAUUCGAUAGGCGCAUUGGACUGGGCGCUGCUAACGAAUCUGACGCUGACAUAAUGGACUCAGAUAACCCAGAAGAGAACAGACGGUAUCGCUCCUUCAAGAAACUUAUGAUAUGGUGUCCCUCGGUUUGUAAGUUGCUACGGUCAUCUGCCGAGCAUGAAACCCUUGCUUUUGCAUAUAAUAAGCUGAAUGAAAGCUCUGAUGGGGCCAGAGGAGACGACUCUGCUGGUCUCAAGCGUGCUGUCGCUGAUUGGCUAAUGGAAUGUACCCCCACGCCAAAUCCCCCCAUUCACAAGCAAAGCAAAUCUGGUCAGGGUUUUUACCACGACAUGACGGGCAGACUCCUGUGCCCAGUUGAUUAUAACUGGAGCGAUCCCAUUGUUCGAGCAUCCAUUCGAGACUACCAUCCCGAUUUUCGUAUCACCGCUUGCUCCUGGCCUUCGUUCCUGUACAAGGAUGGACAUUACGACCCCCAGAACCCUGCAAAGGAUCUGUUUAAAGGCGAGCUACUCGUAAAGGCAUUUAAACGCGUAUUCACCUCUCCGAGUUCCACAGACGAGGAACAAGCUGUUGACUCGGUGGCUCGUUCCGCACUCGGGAGGAACAGUGGUGAGCGUCGCACUCGGCGUGACGUUUCGACACUACUCAAUAUGCGAUCUAUCCAACCUCGAGCUAUAGCUUACAUAUCUGUUCAGCUAAGAUUUGCGUUGUCAAGCUCGGGAUCUUGGCGCGUCGUUGAUGACGAAUUCAACAAUCAAGAAUUUUACGACAACAUAGUCGACUAUCUUGAACUUCCUCCAACACCCGAAGCAGCGAAAGAAGUGGAUGAUAUCUUACUUUGGUGGAAUCGAAAAGUUUUUGGUCGAAAACAUGUUUCUGACUAUCGCCCGCAGCAGGCAAACCACAUGUCAGUUGCCAUGACUUUGGCCAAACGAUGUUGCCCGUAG